CCGAGCCGAGCGGAGCAGUGAACAACGGCCCCGCGGAGCCGGUGGCAUGGUCCGUGUGACGCGUCGUGUGCAGCUGUGUUAGUGUGUCCGGUUGUCGGUGCCCUCAUGAUGUAGGCCGGUGAUCCUGCUGGAGGACAGAGCUGUGAAAUUCCUACACCUGUAGAGAAAAAACACAGCAGGAGAAUCAAAGGCCAAAGAAGCAGGCGUCUGUAAUUCAUGUGCUUCUCAGUGUCUGCUGGGCAAGAUGAGUACAGACAGACCCAAACGCAAUAUCAUUAAGAAGAAAUAUGACAUCAGUGAUGGGAUGCCGUGGUGUGAAGAACGUCUGGUUCGGAAAGUUCUUUUCCUCUCGCUCAGGGAAUUCCGAGACACACACCGUGCAACACACAAACACUCACAAAUACACACACGUGCACACAAACACACGUCAAAAAGUACACUUCUACAUGGUCCGCGAACACAGACAUUACCUAACACGCACACUCAAAAAACCACACGCAAACGACAGAGUGUCCAGGGCUCACAACAAAAGGUCCCUCACAGACCUCCUAACACACAUACACAGAAAAACACACACAGCUCACAAAAUAUACAAUUUUCAAAACACAUACAUCGUCAUGAACAUACCAACCAAGGGCAAAAAACGAACUUGUCUCAGGAUUUACACACACCAAAAGCUAUAUGUACCUACACACUACCGCAACUGCAGACAAAGUCAAAAAUGUAUGCAGGGAAAAUUACACAUCAUGAGCAGCAUACAGACACACAAGUCCACUCCCACACGUUCCAGAGGAAUACUGAGUCGACCAGGACACUACGCUCACAAAAAACACAACAUACUCGGCUGCUGCCCAUCGCCAAAUACUCACAAACUGAAAAACACAAGCACUCAGUGAAAAACAGCUGCACUUCUGGAAACUCAAGGAUGUUGCUGAGCGGCCCUGUCCCGUCCAGGAGUCUGAGAUCACACACUCCUAAGAGACUCAAUGGUGUUCUGGUUAACGGCCUCAGCCGCUGUCAGUCCCUCCUGUCCACUGGUCCCAGUUGGAGCUGGCCCUUACAGACACGCCCUCCACAGCGGCGCCCUGCCAGCAUUCAUCUUGACAAGGAUGACCCCAACAGCAAGAGACCGAGGCUGCAAGCACAGAGGAAGUUUGCCCAGUCCCCUCCCAGCUCUCCAGGACCACCAGCACUGAUGACAUCAGCACAGAGCAACCACAGUCACAACGUGGCCGUAGUCACCUGUCUGACCCGACGACGACCCAAGACUGAGGACUUCUUGUCUUUUCUCUGUUUGAGAGGUUCAGCAGCCCUGCCAAGCAACAUGUCCUUCUUAGCAAGUGGACGAAAGAGGGAGCCAUCCGGAAAUCAGCGUCUUGAUGCCUGUCUCUCCACCAAUCACAGGACUGCAGCUGAUGGAAAGAAAAGUAUAUUCAGCCGAACAGCAGUGCAGAGGGACUCGAGGCCUCUGAGAGGGAGAACUGGAGGCUCCCUCUGUGCUCUUACGGCUCGAGAACAGAGCAGGAGGGAAAAAGGGGGGAGAGAGGACGAACAUCGGAGGAUGAGAAGAGAAAGGAUGGAGGAGGACAGGAGAGGGGGGGCUGGGAGACACCUUGUGAGGCCCCGCCAGCUCUCCCUACAGGUCAGGAGGACGAACAAGGUUGCCGUGGUGACUGGAGUUGCUAAAGAAAUAACUUCCUGUGUCAAGCCAGUCCCUCCCUUAAAGCCUAGCGCAGGGGUUGGCAGUAGACGAUCCCCCAGGUCCUGCACAAGAUCAAGCAAUACCUGUAAACCAAGAGGCCAUCCCAAAAGCAAACCCCAGGAAACCAGCAGCAAACAGAUCUCCCGGCAAAGCAACCACCAGCUGCCUCGAAAACACCACCUUCCUCUCCACCACCGAACAGUCAUUAACUGCCAUAGCAAGACCUUCCGUAGUCUUCAGAACUCAGGGAAAAAAUCCAACAGGACCCCGGCUCAAAUACCACUAACUAAUGGCUCAGUCAUCAGAGAGCUAAGUGAGAACCCUGGGGUCCUGAGGUUAUCCAGAAGAAGGAGAGGUCUCCCACCAGACACCAGCCCUGCCCCUCCCAGUCAGGUUGCUUUGGACAAGAACUCAAAGAAGUGCAGAGCAGUGCAAAACAACAAAGGUGACGUCUCACUGCAGAAUGAUUGCCAUAUUGGUGGGAUGCUACAGGAAGAGGCCAGCAGUGAUAAAGAUGUCAGAGAGGAGUGUGUGAACCAUGUGGGUAAAAUCCCUGGGAGCAACAGUCAGGACAGAUGCGGCCAUGUGGGAGAGAUGAGCCUUGAGAGGGAUGGUGGUGUUGGUGACGACCUGCACGACCAGGCGACUUUUGGAAAAUUGAGUAUGGCAAGCACUAUUGCUCCCGAGGCCUCUAAAGAAAGGGCCAACUUUACCAACAUCAUCUCAGACUAUGGCCUUGGCCCUGUCAGCGAGGUCAUAGUCAGACAUAAAAGGCUCCAGAGAAAUCAGUCCACUUCAUCCACAAUACCCAAGCCAAUCACCAGGACUACUGACUCUAGGACUGUUGCCAGAGCUGCCACUCCCAGGACCACUCUAGCGCAAGCUGCUAUCAACUCAGAGACAUCUGUAUAUGUACACACUGAACCAUCAGGCACAUAUUCUGCCCAGCACACUGCUAAGGUAACUAACAAAUGUACUAGCAAGGACACUGCCAAGUGUACUUCUCCAACCAGCAGUCACUCUAUCCCCAAUUCCCAAGGUGCUGUAAAAGACUCUUCCAAUGGUUCUCCAGAGGACUCGGCUAAGGUCAUUGCACCUGUCAGUAGCUGUUCGAGCACUUCCAAGGGCUCGACGAAGGGCCUUACCCAGACCAAGUCUACUACCUCAGCUGUGAAGACCAGGACCAGCCCUCGAACUAUUUUGAAAAGAUAACACCUGAGCUACAUCUGAAAAACGAGUCAGUGUUCAAAUAAUAGAUCAACCAUAAUUAGAACAAUAUUUAUUGGAUCAUAAUUGGAUACUAUUAAGGAUAGGUGAUGUAGGGUGAUGGCUAUUGGCUGGUUGGAUUUGAAAUAGUGGCUUGCCAGUGAUAGUGGGAUCAUUUUAAUUCAUUAUAACUAAAAUAAAUUAUUGACAGACAGCAAAGAGGGAGACAUGUUGUAUACUUGAUUGUAAAGUGAAAACACUGAUUUCUGAAGCUUCCCUGCUUUAUCCUACAUAGUAGUUUGGUAUGUGUAUUAUAUUCAGAAGGAAAGGACACUGGCUAAAUCGGUGCACAUUAAUUAAAGCUAGGGUUGGCUACACUUAAAAAAUGCAACUGAUACAUCACUUCCAUCGGCCCUCUUUUCAAAGCUACGUCCUCAAAACACAUGAGUGUGCACUGGCUGAUAACUGCUAAAAGCUGACUUUUCCGUGACUGUCGUCUCUGCUUACCAACCCUACCAAGCAGUUAUUCUUAUUUGCCUUUGCUCUGGUGUUUUCGUUGUGGUCGUUGGGAACCCACUGCCAUUUAAUGUAAACAGGAAUCAUCUGUUCAAGGUUGUCUGGAUUAAAAACAUUCAAGUCUUACGAGUUCCUCACCACGAAUCCUUGGGAGGAGCAAAGAAGAAGUUCGACUUUUUAAGACUGUCAAAGUACAAGUGAAACACUUAUAUGAUCCACGAGACAGGUUUACUGGCAGUUAUCAUUUUCCUGUUCAUUGAAAAAUCCCUUCCUAAAUCACUUUUAGUGGAAGUGAUGGACGACAGAACUGUUUUUGAGACUCCUGAAACCUCAUGACAUAUCCAUACAAACUUUUGAACGUAAUCUUGUGCAGAAUGAGGAGGAUGGCUGUUCCGUUCAUAAUCAUUCAAUUCUGAUAAAGUUUCUUGUAACAGCCAUUUUGAACGGGAGAAAUGAUUACAGCGAGAAACCCUGUUUUAACAUUCAUAUGGGCAUCCAAGUCACCAGCUCUUCACCAGCCUAAAGCUGCUUUCAGAUAUACACUGAACUCUGGAGAUCCUUUGAACAUUCUUUGGAGAGGCAAAUGUCCAAAGGGGAACCCCCGGACUUUCUUUGGACUUUCCCUAGCCAGCCCCCUCAUAAAACGUCCGCAGAUAGUCCGUAGUAGGCGAUGUGAGAACACAGCAGGAGAUCCUCCGCAGGAUUCACCGUGACCGAUGCAAAAAAAAAAAAAAAAACACGAAGCAAACAAAUAUCUCAGGAUGAAAAAGAGGUGCCAUACACAUGGAAGACUGAAGAUGUCAAGAGUUUUUGGUGCUAAGGGAUGGAGGUGCUGUAAAUAAAUGCACAUGAUGGCUGCAGCAGAAUGAUUAUGUGGCAUCGUGUCUCUGCCUGCCGCUCCACCCUUCACCUGCCGCUCCACCCUUCACCUGAACACUCCGGAGAUUUCUGUGUUGCUGUGAACGGGUCUGAGCAGAGAAUCUCCUGCUGUGAAGAAAGUCCAGACCCAAUUCUCCAGACAUCCUCUGGAGGUAAUGUCUGAAAACUGCUUAUGUAACAUCAGGAGAUUCUUCAGUCCACUGUCCUUCUUUAUGGAAAACCCCUUUUUGAAGUAGGUCACAUGUGAAAUAUACAAGAACAACAAUGGUGUUGUUUACCUGUGUUUUUUGGAUCUUUUUACGUUUUUAUUGCCCGCUCUGUACCCACCGACCUGGUGUGUGAGAAACAGCGGUGGCUGCGUACUCACAUGCAGCUUGCUUGUUUCUGAGUCGUGUGGUCUGAUACUUUUGUAAAUAUAAGAGGACGUAUGUUUUGUGAGGCGGCUGUAGACAGAAACUGUACAAAGAAUUUCUUGCGGUUUGACCUUCACUGUUAAUGUGACCAUCAUAUUUGACUGUAUGAACCCUGUAGAUGUUGUGGAUUUUACUGGACCGUCAGAAGGUUUUAGGAUGACAUCAGGUGCUAUCCGGUGCUAUUAAAUUGCCCAUUGGAUUUCUUUGGGUUAGAUGAGUAGUAGAGCUGUGUGGUUGUACUGGAUAAUAUGAGUCAGCACAUUCAUGUUGCACAUUUCCACACAGUACAAACAACCUGUGUAAAAGAAAUAACUGUCUGACAGCGGUGACCACUGCUGCCUUUGCUUUAUUUUAAACACUUUCCAGGAAAAACGUAGUUGUUCCCACCAUAAAAUAAGUAACUGACAAAUGUAUUUGUAAAUUAACUAUUUAUGCGCCGUCCAUAUGUAUCAGUCUAAAUCAGCAGUUAGUGUGUUCAUUUAUAACAUGUUCAAAUUUAAGUUAUGAAUAAAGGCAUGAAUCCGUUUGAGCUGCAGAACUUUGAUCAAACCUACACUGUUGUUAUUUCUUAAUGUAAGUAUGUGGUUUGUAGAGGAAGCAGUCGUUUACAACUCACUACAAAAGCUCCUUUUUGAAUACUUCCAUUUUAAAGUGAAAGCUCUUCCACUUGAUAACGAUACUGUGAAGCAUUGCUUAACACCGACCCAUCAGGGUGCUCUUCCAUAAAGAAUAAAUCGGUUCACCACACAAUGACACUGUCAAACCCUAACACCACAGCUUUGUUGUAAAAGUGCUUCCUUUUUAAACCAAACAAUUGUUUUAAGUAUCAGCUGUUUCCUCAUGUUUGGUAUUUCCAUUGAAUUAUCACAUGUCAGAGUGUCUUGUGUUUAAUGCUUGCUGCUAUGUAAAGUGAAUUCAUCAGUGAUCACUCGUUCCACAGUUCGUUGCUGCAGACUAUCACUGGAUGUAAACGGUGUAUGACUCAUUGCUGAGGGGAUCUUCAGAUCUACUAGGUGCUGACAUUUGCAUGAACAUGUGCGUAUUAUUCAGCACCUCACACAAUUAAUUUAGCUGUGGCGAUGAUUUUCAAUUGCAAAGGUUAGCAAUAUAAUUGUGUUUCUUGCAGCGUCUGUGUGUCAUGUGGACAGCGACAAGUUUUCCUCCGAAAUGGGUCCUCGAAUAAAUCAAUUCAUGCUAGUUACCGGUAAAACAACUUUUAAGCGUUAUUGAAGUUUAUGAGCAAACUUGUUCAGCCCCAAGUGAACAUGAAAACAUCUGUGCAGGGAAAGUGUAAAAAGUCUGUGGAAAUGUCAAUGAUAUGAAUGAGAAUUUGUAAUAAAAUUUCUUUGUGC